UUUCUCUUAUUCGCUGAUCGGUGGGAGGAAAAUGGCGGUAGCUUUGCAAGAACCAGGCAUCAAUUCUUGGAAGCUAAAUUUCACUUUCAAGUAGGUUUUAGUGUUCAUUUCCUUUACACCAAGCCUUUACAUCUCGGGUGAGUUUCAACAUAAAACAUCAACUGGAUUCAGAUGCCUUGAUAGAAAUGAACCAUAACGAAAAGUACUAGUUAAGUGUAGGCAAGAAAAACAAAAAAUGGCGAGCUAUCUUUGGAGAAAAUAUGCAGAUUAUGUUUACAGCAAAUGGGAAAGAACACUUCUCUGGGACAUGUUAGAGCCUUAUCGAAGACCCAAAUCUUUUACGCCUCUUGUUACCAUUUAUAUUGCAGCUUUUUACACCGGCGUCGUUGGUGCUGCCGUUACUGAGCAACUCUACAAGGAAAAGUACUGGGAAGAUCAUCCUGGGGAAGCGGUUCCACUCGUGAAGCCUAAGUUCUAUGGUGGACCUUGGAAGGUGCUCAAAGGUGAUGUCCUCCCACCCAAUGAGUGAAA